AGAUUUAAAACUGAAACUGCAACAGGUAGCUAAUAAUCGCCCAGACGUGGUUUAGGAAUGCUGGAAUCCUUCCACAGUCAGGUUUUUGUGAUAAAAUAAUUAAUUAGUGAUGCGUGAAUUAGAAUAGAGGUGUUUUAGGUGAAUUGGAGUUAACGAACUCUCGCCAGCACUUUUUUGAUACAAUCAAUACUAAGUAAAUUUAAUAUGAGCCGCCAAUUUAUAAAGAAAAUAAUUAAGCAAUUCAGCUUUGAACGACGUUAGAACUGCAUCCAGCAACAAUAUAAUUUUUUAUUUGUAGUCAUUAUCAAAAGUAUCAUAUUUUGUAGUAAUAAUAAUGUUUAUAGAUUUUAUAUUAGACGCAGACAUACAUAUCCGUGCCGAUACUUACUGUUCAAGCCUUUGAAAACUUAGUUACCAUAAGUUAGUAGCAGUCCACACAUUGUAACAAACGCAACCCUUUGGCAAUAAAUGCAGAAUGUUUACUUAUGCGUAUAUUAUUCCGAUUUUGUGCGCAGUCUGGUUUUUUCUGACUUUUAUUGUAACGUAUAUUAUUUCUGUCUGUAGACAGGAUGUAAUAGCCGUUUUUCCCUACAUUAGCGACACCGGAACUUGGUCUCCGGAAAGUUGCAUUUUCGGAUUAAUGCUAAAUAUUGGUGCUAUAAUACAGGGUUUAAUAGUUUAUAUUCGCUAUCGCCAACUGAGCCAUUUGCUGGGCAAAGACACGUUCUAUCCAGAGACAGUACAGAAAAACAACCGGACUUCGCUCAUUUUGGGCAUUACUGCAGCUUUUGGCGUUUGCAUUGUUGCUAACUUUCAGGAAACGAACGCUUUUGAAGUACACGUUUUUGGGGCAAUUCUUGCUUUCGGGUUGGGGUCUGUAUAUCAAUGCAUGCAGACCCACAUUUCAUUCAAAGUCUACCCUAAUCUAGGAAAUAAGACAAUAAAUAUAAUCCGAGUCAUCUUUUCCAUCGUCAGUUGUGUGACUUUUUUGGUCACUUUUCUUUUUGCAGGCCUGUCUCUUCUCCAGUUCAAAGGGGAUGAUCCUACGAAAUGGUCCAAAGAUGAUGGGGGCUAUGUGGAUCAUUUUAUAAGUGCCAUAGCUGAGUGGAUUAUGGCAGUUACGACUAUUUUAUUUUUGGCUUUUUACACAUCUGAGUUCAAGAAGAUCUCGUUCACGGAACCGCCACUUAUCGAAACGACACAGCAAGCAUAAUUUUGAUUUUUAUUUAAUUUCAUAACUUAUUCACGCACAAACACUCAAAUAAUUGCGUUUCGUAAUAUUUGACUUUGUAAAAAAGAAUUACAAAGUAUUUGUAAAAUCAACAUUUACUUUAGCCUUUAUUUUUUAAACCACAAACAAAUAUGCACAGGGUGAUCCAGUGCUGUCUAAUCGGUCUACAACUUUUUUAUUAGUUGAAAUAUUGCUAUACCAUUUUAUUAUCCAAUACAUUUAUUUAAAGCAGGAUGUUUUAUAUAGGGUGUUAAACGAAAAUUAUAUUUUUUUAAGUGAAACUAUACAGUCUGAUCUUUAAGGGUCUACAAUAGAGACUUUUUCUGAUAUAGCGGGAGCUUCAUUUUUUUUAUACAACGCAAAUGAAUUAUUCUGAGUUCAACCAAAUUAUCUCCAAAAUGGUUGAACUUCCGGAACGAUAAUACAUUGGCUCCAGUUUUGAAAUUACCUAUAUUAACUAACUAUUUUUAUUGCAUUUGUAAAAUUACCAUUUGAAACUGACUAAAAUAUUUUUUAGUUGCUAGUCCUUACCUCACAUCUUUAAAAAUUUUCACAAAUGUCAACUGUUAAAUUGCAAUGGUACUAAGAUUUUUUGAAAAUGUUGAUCAAAAAAUUAUUAUAACACUUUUUUUUAAAUGGAAUGAUCUUAUUUUUUUAGUGGCAAUCAAAAGAUCAUCGAUUUUGUAAAGACUUUUAUCAAGUAAAAUCCAUUUUUUGUGAUUAUUUAGGUGUUGAUAAAAGUCACCAUAAAUGUCGAUGUUCUUUCGUUUGCUGUUAAGAAAAUAAGGUCGUUUUUUUUGAAAUAAAAAUGAGUUACAAUCUUUUUUUAAUGAUCAUUUUGAGAAAAUCAUACUAACCUGGACUCUCGCUUAUUUAAUACAAAAAAAAUUAAUUAUUUAUUGCAAAGGGUUUAUUCAGGCUUGUCAUAUUUUCAAAAGACCUCUAAAAAUGAAAAUUUUAACAAAAUAAGUGUCAUUUGUCAAAAACUGCUACAGAUAAGUAUUAACAACUUAAAUAAAGUUUAUUUACCUUGAAACGGUAAAUUCAAAAAUGCAAUAAAAAUGUUUGGUUUUUAUUUAAAAUUUCAAAAAAGCUCAAAAAAGAAUCACUUUGUAUAUUUUUGCAAAAUUAGAUUUUACGUAAAAAAAUAAUCGUUGUAUAAACUAUUACAGGUUUAUCUCUUGCUGUUUUGGAAUUAUCUAAGAGGUACGUGUAAGGGAAUACAUGGUGUUCCAUUUGAAAAAAAAAGUCAUUCAAGUUUUUGCGUUUUGGCACACACUGUACAUUAUCUGCGUGCUUUAACCAAAAGCUGACUAUCUGUAAAACCACAAAGUAUUUUCAGUUUUUGUGUUGCAAAAUUGUCGGAAAAUAUUAAUAAGCGUCUUCGCAGUGAUUUUUCAAAUGUUAGUCUUUUUUAUAACGAAAAGUUGAAAAAUUCUGAUAUGGAAAGAGAUAAAUGUGUAACAGUUUAAAAAAAUCUAUUAUUUUUUCAUGUAGAACCUAAUUAUAUACAAAAAUAUAUGGGUUGUUCUUUUUAAAAAAAUAUAUAUAACUUUUAUAAAUAUUUUUAAUUUAAAAUAUUAACUUUUUUUGUAGACUUUAAAUAAAUCUAUCGGAUAAUGAAACUGGCAUGGCAAUAUUUCAAUUACCAAAAAAGUUAUAGACUGAUUACACACCUCUGGGUUACCCUGUAUGAAUUGUGUAUGUACUUACUUAUUAUUUGUACUAGAUCAUUUUAGUUUAUUUAUGUAAGUAAAUAAUAAAAGACAAUUACGGAUUAGUCAAUUAUGAAUAGAUUAGAAAUAAAUGUAAAUGACUUUCUAGAGUCGUAUACCUAUUUAAAAAAAAUAUGUCAAGCAGCCGUUGAUUCUCACCUCAAAUCUAUAUCUAAGACUUGUGAGAUGUACGUACAAUGAUGUUGUAGUUUUGUGACAACGUUGAAGUGAUUUGUUUAUCUGAGCAUUUUACGUUUGGAAGUUGUGCAAUAAUUAAAUAAAAAGCACAUUGUCUUAA